AUGUCAAGCUCGUCAUCUUCUACUGAGGCCGGGAGCUCUCCUCCAAGACGUUGUUGUAGACAUGACACGUCAUCAUCUGCGGAGGAGAGGCCUCCCGGCACAGAGACCGCAGCAGAGGAGGAAGUCGGUGGUGGAGAACAGCAGCUCGUCCCGUUGACUCCAAUAGAGGUCGUCAAGCAAAAGCCAGAGGAAUACAAUACUUCUUUAUUGGAUGCACCCAAUAGCGAAGCUUACGACACCGUCUGGCUCGAAGACGUCUUCUCCAGCGUGAAACCAGAAUUAGAACCUGAAAUCCAAAACGAAUAUGGUCCGGCAUCAUCUUUGCAAUCUGCAGAAGGAACUUCUAAGUGUGAGGCAGCGAUUGCAGCAGGUGCAAAUACAGCCACAAUGCCACGAUGGGAUGUAGAAAAACGUAUUUCCCUCAUCCAGGAGAGGCCGGAGCUUUGGGAUACCCGGCAUAAUUCAUAUAUUGACCGACAAAAAAAGGAUGCUUCAUGGGAGCAAGUGGCACGGAGCAUGCGCCGAAGCGAAUGGGCCAAGGCUGAUAGCCGAGGCCGGGCCGAAUUAGUGAAACAAACCAAAACCCGCUGGGCAAGUUGCCGCGACCAGUUCAGGCGGGAGAUGACCAGCAAAGGCCGGAGUGGGGAGGGGUCGUCGCGUAAACGGGCCUAUAUAUAUACGGCCCAGUUGCAAUUUCUUCGGCCAGUUAUGGAAUUGAGGCCUACUGUGGACAGUCUGGAUCCAUCCCACGAGUCUGAAUCGUCGGGCAGUGAAACCCCUGCAGUCUUUUCCCCGCAGGCAAGUCCUGAACCAACCCCGGCUCAGGACCCAGAAGACUCCACGCAGGCUGAGGCCCCCCUACCACUGGCCAGUCCACCCAGGAUUGUCCAGUCUCAGCCCAGACGGCGCCACCAAGUCCCUCCCUCUACCUCUGGGCCAGAGAGUCGGGAGGUUAUUGAUGCACGCGUCAUCGAUUUUCUGGCCCAGAGGAGGAGUGAUGGCAAGGAGGAGAAGCUGUUGAGGGGACUGGGCCCGCUCCUGCAGCAGGUUCCUACAAAUGAACAUCCGGACUGCGUGGCCUCCAUAGCCAUCGUCAUCAAAAUGUUCGCUUGCCCCAACCAUGGGGACAUCAUUGGCCGAUUAAAUAACAUGCGCAUUGAGGUUGAAAAUGCAGGCCAGCAGCCCAAUCCGGCCCCAUACCAAUUCCCUCCCCAACCCACCCAAGGCCCUUCUUAUGCCCCCCCUCAACAGUACCUUCCACCUCAGGGGCCAAGUCAUUCUGUGGGGCAGCCCCUUUACCAUCCCAGUAUAGCAACUGGGGCACCACCACCGGCCCAUGUUAGGCCACGGUCCUCUUUUCUGCCUGGGUCGUUCUCGCAGGACCUUCUGGAUUUGUAA